AUGAAGCACGCCCACCGGUUCGAGAUUGGACUUGCAGUGAUCUACUGGAGCGGGGGACUUGAAGCGGGGUUGGGAAUCAGAGCACCACCUGUGGCGAACAACAACUUCGAGAUCAAGUCAGGGCUACUCAACACCAUUGAACACAACAAGUUUCAUGGCCUGGCAGCUGAAAAUCCUAUUGAUCACUUGUACAAGUUUGAUCAGUAUUGUAGCUUGUCCAAGACAAAUGGUGUCUCUGAAGAUGCAUUCAAGCUGAAGUUGUUUCCCUUCUCUUUGGGAGACAAGGCACAUCAGUGGGAGAGUCAAGAGGUUCCUCCUAAGGUGAAUGAAGUUGAUGGUUUGGGAGGGCAAGAAGAGUUGUGCUUCAUCAAUGCUAAUGGCACCUGGUAUAGGAAAGAGCCAAACUUUCAAUACCAAAACAACUACCAGCAAAGACCUCACUACAACAAUCAGCAAGGAGGACACCAGGCCACGCAAAGCUACCCUCCUGGUUUCAGCAACCAAAGUAAUCAGUCUACUCAAGCUCAAGGCAGUUCUUCUCAAGCUGCAUCUUCAGAUUCAAGUGUGGAUUCUAUGUUCAAGAAACUCUUGGAAUUUCAAGCCAGAAAUGAGAAGACAAUGGUUUAUGAGUUCAAGAACAUCCACACAAAGAUUGAUGGGAACUACUCUGACCUCAACAACAAGUUCUUACAACUUGCAUCUCGCUUCAACACUUUGGAGAGUCAGGUCGCCUCUAUGCCAUCAUCUUCCAAGAGCUCAAUGGGAUCUCUACCAGGGAAACCAGAAAAGAAUCCCAAGGAGUCUUGCAAUGUAGAUGAGAUUGAGAAGCUAGUGUUUGGGACUGAGCUUGGAAAAAUUGAGAAAUUGGUUGUAGCAACAGCUGAAGCACAGAUGGUGGAUAAAGCUAUGGAAAGGGUUCAGGUACAAGCAGAAAGGAAGGUUGAAGCAACGAAUCUGCUGAGAGUUGAGCCUAGUGCUGAGAAACCAGUUGAGAAGAGAGCUGACCAGAAGCUGAAAGAGGUGACGAAAGACGACACUGAGAUUGAGCUGUCACCAUAUGACAAGCUCCCUUUUCCACAAAGGGUCCUCACCAAAGCUCAGAAAAAGGUUAUCUCCAAGUUCAGGAAAGAUCUUAGUGAUGUUGGGGUCAGGCUCCCAGAAAUCUCUGGUAUGCGUGAAGCUCAUGUCCAAAUGAUGCUCAUCAAGGACAUUCUAGACCACCAAACAGAAGUGGCCGAGCUUUUGGACAUCUCCAUUUUGAAGAUUGAUCCACCAGUCCCUCCACAGUCCCUCCCUAAACUAGAAUCUCAAGGAAAGUUCACAUUGUCUUGCUCCCUUGGUAAGAUCACUAUGAAUGAUGCUUUGGUUGAUUCUGGUGCAAGUGUGAAUGUGAUCUCAUUGGAAAUGGUGAAAAGUCUUGGUAUUGAAGGCAUGGAGCCAAACACAUCUUCUCUCAUGUUUGGUGAUUCAUCUUCUACAACCCCUAUUGGCAUCAUCAAGGAUUACCCUUUGAAGAUUGGAGCAUGCACCAUUCCUAUAGACCUCACUGUCCUGAAGAUGGCAACUGAGAAGAGAGUUCCUUUGAUCCUUGGCACUCCAUUUCUCACAACAGUUGGAGCAUGUAUUGAUUUCCCAAACAAGAAGGUCACACUCCUCAAUGUGAACAAGACUGUCUCUUACCCAAUCCAAUCUCCAAUGGAUGUUAGGUAUUGUGGAACAAUCACUUGUGAAGAACCAUCCAUUGAGAAGAUCCAAGCUAAAGUGGAUGUUCCUGAGAAAGACGAUCUUGUUGGAGAGUCCUCUAAAAAGAUGUGUGAUGAGCACUUGGAAAGUGCUAAAAAGGAAGAGGUGAGUAGAGCCACAAAGGCUGCUCAUGGCAUAAAGAAGAUAGUGAAAGAAACUCAUCCUCCACCUCUUGAUAAGACUCCUCACACUCUCACUCUCCACCCAAUGAAGCUCAAGGAUGGAGCCAUUGAGUACAAGAUCAAGUGCAAAGGCAUGUCCAAGCCAUUCUCAAGUGCAAGGGCCAUCAUCACUCCUCAGCUUCAAAACGACCCCAUCAAGCUCCAAGAGCUCCUCUCUCAGGUCCUCACCAUCACUCUUGAAGAAGUUUCAGGCCAGCUCAAAGCUCAAGCUCUAGACACCCAUUACCACACUUCACUCUCCACUUGA